AUGGUGAAUGAUGACGAGUUUGAUAACAUUGCCCCAGUCACACAACAUAAUGAACUGCAAGACCAGAGUGAAGGUGAUGUUGACUUACAUCCUGAUCUAAAUGAAAGAUAUGAUUUAUCAGGUGAUCUUGGUAUUCCAUCAACAUCAGUAACCAGUGAGCCACUCGUGCUGAAUGAAAUGCAGGAUGAUGAAUACAGAACAAUGGCAGCAGAAAUGGCGGCCGACAACAGGUUUGCAGAGUGGAAAUUUGAUGAAAAUUUAAAAAAAGCGAUGAAAGAAUAUGUUAAGCAGGGACUAAAAAGAGAGGAGGCUUUGGAUUUUUUACGCCGGGAUUACCCACAGUAUCCCUGGAGUGUACGAUCUUUGGAUAGGCGUUUACGGCAUUUCGAAAUCAAUUAUAAUGACAACAAUGUCAACUUUGAAGAAGUUAGAAGUGCAGUGAAUGAAGAGUUGAAAGGCCCUGGGAAGCUACUGGGAUAUAGAGCAAUGCACAAAAAAAUCAGGCAAAAGUAUGACUUGUUUGUAAGCCGUGAUAAAGUUUAUGAUAUGCUAUACGACCUUGAUCCUGAUGGAGUUGAAGCUCGUGGAGGGGUAGGGGCCAAGAAAAAAAAGAAAAAAGGCAAUUUUACCUCGAAUGGGCCAAACUGGGUACAUUCUCUAGAUGGCCAUGACAAAUUAAUGGGUUACCAAAACUCCACGUUUCCCAUUGCCAUCUAUGGCUGCUUGGACACAGCCAGUCGAAAGCUAUUGUGGUUGAGGGUAUGGACGAGUAACUCCAAUCCACAAUUGAUUGGGCGCUGGUACAUUGAGCACCUGCUGGAAACUAAAGUUGUGUCUGCAAUGAUGAGAGUUGAUAAAGGAACAGAGACGGGAACAUUAGCUACCAUUCAUGCUUUCCUGCGAAGACAUCACACAGAUGGAAUGGAUCCAGCAGAUACAAUUUUGUAUGGUCCUUCCACUUCAAAUCAAAUAGAACGUUGGUGGAAAGAACUCCAUGAGAGGAUGGAGAAGUUUUUCAAAGAUCAGUUGCGUUGGUUAAAAGAUCAAGCUCAUUAUGAUCCCCAUGAUGAAGUUGACAGAAUGCUUCUUGCUUUCAUUAUGGUUCCAAUUGUUCAGAAGGAAUUGGACACAUUUAAAGAGACCAUUUGGAACACCCACCGAAUUAGGAUGCAGAAAGAUACAGUCUUACCUGAUGGGAUACCUAACCAUAUAUACAAUUUUCCUCAGCAAUAUGGACUUGAAGAAUGUGGAUUUCCAGUAACAGAAGAUCAGAUUAAAGAAGCUGCUGUUGAAUCUGGUGUGCUGGGUAUUGCAGAAGAUUUUCUGACCCCUGAAUUUAUAGACCUAUUAAAGCCAGCUGACUGCAAAGAAGCUUUCAUUUAUUUAAAACAAAAUCUUAAUGAUUGA